GGGGAAAGCUGUGGCGUCCCCGAGCUCCUCGGUUCUCCACCUGGGGCACUGGAUGCGGGACUGGGAGGAAGCCGGGGACCCCAAAGAGAGCCAGCGUGGGCGCAGGCACAGGAACCACUCGGGGCGCCGGGAGGGAUGCGGAGGGCGGCGCAGUUCUCUUGGCACCACCUGGGGCAGCCGAGGGCAGCUUCCCGGCUUCCCUCGUCUCCGUUUGCGUGGCAGCCAGUUGUCAAACUGCGAGCAGAGCGCUUCUGGAGUGUCAGAGCCUGCCCACGAAGGAACUCCACGCUGCGUCCCGCCAGCUCUGCCACCGCCGCCGCCGCCGCCGCCGCUGCAACCUCCGCGAUGCUCCUCCGAGCUGUGCUGCUCUGCGCUGCCCUGGCGCUCAGCCACGCAGCAAAUCCUUGCUGUUCGAACCCGUGUCAGAACCGAGGCGAAUGUAUGAGUACAGGAUUUGACCAGUAUAAAUGUGAUUGUACUCGGACAGGAUUCUACGGGGAAAACUGCACUAUUCCUGAGUUUCUGACAAGAAUCAAGUUGCUGUUGAAGCCCACCCCAAACACAGUGCACUAUAUCCUGACCCACUUCAAGGGAGUCUGGAACAUUGUGAAUAACAUUCCUUUCCUGCGAAAUUUGAUCAUGAGUUAUGUGUUGACGUCCAGAUCACAUUUGAUUGACAGUCCACCAACUUACAAUGUGCACUAUGGUUACAAAAACUGGGAGGCCUUCUCCAACCUCUCCUACUACACCAGAGCCCUUCCUCCGGUAGCUGAUGACUGCCCAACUCCCAUGGGUGUGAAAGGAAAUAAGGAGCUUCCUGAUUCAAAAGAAGUUCUGGAAAAAGUUCUCCUAAGGAGAAACUUCAUCCCUGACCCCCAAGGCACGAAUAUGAUGUUUGCGUUCUUUGCCCAGCAUUUCACUCAUCAGUUUUUCAAGACAGAUCAGAAACGAGGACCUGGUUUCACCCGAGGACUGGGCCAUGGGGUGGACUUAAAUCACAUUUACGGUGAAACUCUAGACAGACAACAUAAACUGCGCCUCUUCAAGGAUGGAAAAUUGAAAUACCAGGUCAUUGAUGGAGAGGUGUAUCCUCCCACAGUCAAAGACACUGAGGUAGAAAUGAUCUACCCCCCUCACAUCCCUGAGCACCUACGGUUUGCUGUGGGGCAGGAGGUCUUUGGUCUGGUACCUGGUCUAAUGAUGUAUGCUACAAUCUGGCUUCGGGAGCACAACAGAGUGUGCGAUGUGCUGAAACGCGAGCAUCCUGAGUGGGACGAUGAGAGGUUAUUCCAGACAAGCAGGCUCAUACUGAUAGGAGAGACUAUCAAGAUUGUGAUCGAAGACUACGUGCAGCACCUGAGCGGCUACCACUUCAAACUCAAGUUCGACCCAGAGCUGCUUUUCAACCAGCAGUUUCAGUACCAGAACCGCAUUGCAGCUGAAUUCAACACACUCUAUCACUGGCACCCUCUGCUGCCUGACACCUUUCAGAUCGAAGAGCAGGAGUACAACUUCAAACAGUUCCUCUACAACAACUCCAUCCUCAUUGAACACGGACUCACCCAGUUUGUUGAGUCAUUCACCAGACAGAUCGCUGGCCGGGUUGCUGGGGGUAGGAAUGUUCCAGUUGCAGUAAAAGCAGUGGCCAAGGCCUCCAUUGACCAGAGCAGAGAGAUGAAAUACCAGUCCCUGAACGAGUACCGCAAACGCUUCUCCCUGAAGCCCUACACAUCGUUUGAAGAACUUACAGGAGAGAAGGAGAUGGCCGCAGAGUUGGAAGCCCUCUACAGUGACAUCGACGCCAUGGAGCUGUAUCCUGCCCUGCUGGUGGAAAAGCCUCGUCCAGAUGCUAUCUUUGGGGAGACCAUGGUAGAACUUGGAGCACCAUUCUCCUUGAAAGGACUUAUGGGCAAUCCCAUCUGUUCUCCUCAGUACUGGAAGCCAAGCACUUUUGGAGGAGAAGUGGGUUUUAGGAUCAUCCACACUGCUUCCUUUCAGUCGCUCAUCUGUAAUAACGUGAAGGGCUGCCCCUUCACCUCCUUCAAUGUGCAAGAUCCACAGCCUACCAAAGCAGCCACCAUCAAUGCAAGUGCCUCCCAUUCCAGACUAGAUGACCUCAACCCUACAGUGCUAAUCAAAGGGCGUUCAACUGAGCUGUAGAAGUCUAUUGGUCAUAUUUAUUUAUUUAUAUGAACAAUUUAAUUUAAUUAUUUAAUAUUUAUAUGAAAUGCCCUUUUCACUUAACAUCUUCUAUAACAGAAGGCAAUGUUCUGAACCAUGUUACAUUUGUGAAGAUUCGUGUGUUUGUACUUUAAAUAUGUGUUGCCCUCAAGUGAAAGAGAAAAACAGCUUCCAGUCUUUCACAUAAACCAGGGGGAAAUGAAUUUUGAUAUCUUUUUACUUGAAUUUCAGCUCAUAGUAUAUCUUAAUAAGAACAAAGGAAAGAUAUUUGAAUACUUAAAUGCUAUUACAAGAUGAAAAAUGCUACAAGUGUCUACACUGUUGAUUAUGACUCCUGUCUUCCAUGCUACGUUGGGAGCAGCUAAUGUGGAAAUUUAAAGAAAUCUUGCGUAUUUUUUAUCUCAGAAAACAAAAGGUAUAAGUUCAGUUUUCAGUGAACAUUUAAGGUAGAUACUGCCAACAAGUUCAUUUUAAAAAAAAAAAGUCUUGAAUAAUUUGAAAUGUCUAAAUUGAGAGUUUGAAUUACUUUUGAAGGCUCUUACUUUCUUAAGCUAUUGAACUUGGACCCACACCAAUAAAAUAGUUAUUAUAAACAAAAAUCUCUAAACCUAGUAGAAAUUACAUUGUGAUUGAUGGUUAAAAUACUAUGUCAGUGAUUUUCUUUUCUCAGUGGUAGUGAAAUGUUACUUACUGAGAUGGCAAGACCUUCCUUGUAAGUCAAGAUGCCAGCGUAGGAAGGUGGUGGAGCCUCUGCUGUCCUAUCUUAAGAGUGUAUGUUCUUUAAAGAGUUUGUUUAUAUUGGAAUCAAGCAAAAUCUUUAGCAACAAAAAGAUUUACAAAUAAAAUAACCAAGGACAGAGAAGGAUUCUGAAUUAAAGAUCAUAUUUGAGGUUAUACUUCUAAAGGAGACUUUCUGAUCCUUGUAUGAUACUGGCCUGGUACUCAACAGGUUUUUGCUGUGAGGUUAAUGACUUACCAAGCUGGACUUAAGCAGUUUUUCUCUUCUAUAGCAUGAUGUUAACAAUCCAUCUCACAAUGCAAAAAGUAUCAGUGGCUUUGUGAGCUUCUUCAAAGCGUUGAAAUCUAUUCUGUUGCAUGCUACCUGAAAUGCAGCAGGUCCCGUGCACUGAGUCCAGCCUGGAUGCCAGCACGCUGCUCCCCCUAUUUCUUUUUCUUGUCGCCAUUUUACUACGAGAAACUGCUGAUCAGUUGUUCUUUGCUAUUUUCCAGGUUUUUGAUUUUUCUUUGCUGUUUUCUAGGUUUUUAGUAUCAGGUCUAUUCUCUCUUUAACCUCUAUUAAUAUUUUCUCUACUUGAAGUUUUACAUUCAGGAAAACCUCAGCUCAGGACUACUAGGUACCUCCCCUUUGGAGGAAUAAAUUUAUUUUAGGCAAAAGGCAGAAAUUUUUACUUAUAAUUAUACUGAAGGACCCUACCAAGAUAUGAGAAUACCUUCUAUGGAAAUGUAAAGGGUUCAUGACAAGAAAGUUAAACAUUCUUGUUGUGAAGAAUGGCUUUCUUACUUAGAAACCAAGUUAGUUAGUGAGUAGUUCUGGGCAAUAGUAAUAAAUGUAAAACAAUAAUGAUGAUAAUUCUACAUCUCAUUAUCAGCUGAGGUACUGUAUAUUACUUAAUUUAUUAAGGAUAAUUAUGUCUUUUAGACAUUAUUGUUAUAAACUAUGUUUAAGCCUACAAGUGUUUGUUUUCACAUUAUGUCAGAAUCAAUGUACUUUUUUUGUGAUUACCUCUCUGAAUUCCUGUGUAAACAAUCAAACAAAAUAAUGAGAUUAAUGUUCGUGGAUAAAUUUUAAGAAGUCUAGUCUGGUAUAUUGAGAAGUUUAAAGCUGGAAUUUACACACAUAGCAGACUGAAGAGAACAUUGUCUUAUGUAAACAUGUUACAAAGACUGACAUUUUUGACAUUUUGAAGGCCCUGUAGAUGCUUUAUUAAUUAGUUAGAUUACCUUAUUAAGAAAUUCUCUUCAAAGCACUAUAGGCAUUAGUAUUCACGAACCAAGAACUGAUUACAGAUAAUAUUUAUGUAAAUAACUGAAAAAUGUGUCUUAAUAAUAGAAAGGAGAAAUUUAUUUUAUUACAAAGAAAUUACAAAAUAUUUUAAAGAUUAUAUGCUUAAAAGGUUUAAGAUGGAAAAACAAUCAACUUUAGAAAAAAUUGUAUAAAAAUUUUUAAUGUCAUUUUUUUUUUUAAACAAGCCAACUUGAUUGUUGUGAACAUGAACCUGCUGAAUGAACCUGGAAAUUCAGGUUAAGUGUGUGAUUGUUAGUUGCCUGAGAGAAAUGUGUAUUUAAAUUAACUUAUGUGAAAAAAAAGUAGACUUAGAACAAAUGCUUGUUUAUUUUUAUACUAUUUAAAAAUUGAAAACUUGUGAAAAUAAAAUUUGAUUGUUUCUUUA